AUGCCUCCUGCUGCCUGCCUUCGGUGUGGCAACCGGGCAGUCAUAAAACGACCAAAGAACCACCACAAACUAUGCAAGGAAUGUUUUCUAUCAGUAUUCGAAGAUGAGGUGCAUCACACAAUUACCUCGUCUAAGCUCUUCCACCCAGGCGAAAGGGUCGCAAUAGGCGCAUCAGGCGGGAAAGAUUCAACCGUCUUGGCAUCAGUGAUGAAGACAUUGAAUGAGAGACACAACUAUGGCCUUGACUUGGUACUCUUGAGUGUCGACGAAGGUAUCAAAGGAUAUCGGGAUGACUCACUCGAGACAGUCAAGCGAAACGCUGUUCAGUAUGAGAUGCCAUUACAAAUCGUGGGUUACGAUGAGCUGUAUGGGUGGACUAUGGAUCAAGUAGUUGAAACCAUAGGAAAGAAAGGAAACUGCACAUACUGUGGCGUUUUCCGUCGACAAGCACUUGAUCGUGGCGCCAAAAUGCUAAGCAUCAGGCAUGUUAUCACUGGACACAACGCCGAUGACGUCGCUGAGACGGUUCUCAUGAACUUAUUGAGAGGUGACCUACCUCGCUUAUCACGGAGCACGAGUAUAAUUACCGGCAGCUCUUCGAGCGAGGUGAAGAGAAGCAAGCCACUGAAAUAUGCAUAUGAGAAGGAGAUUGUGCUCUAUGCACACCACAAGAAGCUGGAUUACUUCAGCACGGAAUGUAUCUACAGCCCAGAAGCCUUCCGUGGGACUGCCCGAACCCUUAUUAAAAGCUUGGAGAAGGUACGUCCAAGUGCAAUAUUAGACAUUGUAAGGAGCGGAGAAGAUAUGGCACGGCUCACGCCGGACAAGGGCCAAGAUGCAUGUGGAUGCGACGAAGACGAGGCUAUAGGAGGAUGUGGAUCGGCGAAUGGGCGAACAUCAGGGAGCGAGCUCGCACAAAUGGAGGCCAGAUUGAAGGUAAAGCAAAGGUCAACAGAACUCGAGACUGAAAUCAGUGCCAAUGGCACGUCAGCCGAUGACGGAUCUGUCAAGCUGCCUAUCCGUGGUGGCAGACGGCAAAAGGAGAAACCAGUCGGCCCUUUGCAAACCCUCGGCCAAUGCAUCAAGUGCGGAUACAUGUCCAGCCAAGAGAUGUGCCAGGCUUGUACGUUGCUGGAGAGCCUGAACAAGAAUCGGCCUGAAGUUUCAAUAUAG